GUGUGACCGUAUCUUGGGUAAACAGUACAUAUACGCGGUAGGUGUGGCGAUAGAACACCGAUCGGGCAUUGGCUUUCGAUUGGCGGGGUGCACGCACAAAAUGAAAGUGAAUUCCCUAUAUAAAGGGUGGUUUUCUAGCUACGCGACAGAAGCCAUUUAAUUUUCCAUACAGGACACUCUAGCCAAAGUAUUAGCCGGUCAACAUGAGGGCCCUGGUAUGUGUGAUGCUGAUCGCCGUGGCGUUCGCCGCCGAAGAAAAAACCGUCCAGAAGCGUGGACUGCUGGGUUUGGGAGGUUAUGGCGAUCUGGGCCUCGGAGGUCAUGGUCUCCUCGGUGGUGGUCUGGGACACGGAAGUGUGGCGAUCGCCGUUCACGAUAGGCCCGUCGCCGUACCAGUUCCGGUCCCGAAACCGUACCCGGUCGCCGUCGACCGACCAAUCCCGGUAAAGGUACCAGUCGCGGUCCCGCACCCAGUUCCAGUGGCAGUUCCGGUCCCCCAGCCUUACCCUGUGGUUCAAACCAAAACCAUCACGGUUCCAGUCGACAGACCCUACCCAGUGUCGGUUCCAGUUAAGGUGCCCGUACCUGUACCGGCCCCAUACCCCGUCAAGGUCGCGGUGCCCCAUGCAGUUCCAGUCGCUGUUCCCCAGCCCGUCCUCGUCAAGGAAACUGUUCCCGUUCUCGUUCAUGGACACGGUUUGGGACACGGUUUGGGACACGGUUUGGGACACGGUUUGGGACACUCCCGCCACAUGCCCACCACCGUCGAUCCGUUCAAGGGUUCGUCGUGGACGUCUCAACGUAUAAAAGCAGAGGAUCUUCUUGGUAUCUCAUCAGUCGCAAAACAACGACCAGCCAAGUCCGAUAGCAGCACCAUGAACGCUAAGCUCUUCAUCGCCUUCGCCUUAGUGGCGGUGGCAUUCGCCGAGGAACAAAGCGAAGAUACAGUGACAGUAACGAAGAAGGAGAAACGAGGAAUCUAUGGAAUAGGAUACGGAGGACACGGAGGACACGGAGGAGGAUACGGUGGAGGAUACGGCGGAGGAUACGGUGGAGGAUACGGUGGAGGAUAUGGUGGAGGUGGUUAUGCCGUGCCAGUAGCUGUUCCUGUUCCGCAACCUGUCGCUGUUCCCGUUGACAGACACGUUCCCUACCCGGUUAAGGUACCAGUCGCAGUGCCAGUGGACCGUCCAUAUCCCGUCCACGUGCCGAGACCUUAUCCAGUGGAGGUGACCAGGCACGUUCCAGUCCCUGUUGACAGGCCAGUCCCAGUUCCAGUCAGCGUUCCUGUCAAGGUUCCAGUGCCAGCCCCGUAUGCCGUCAGAGUACCUCAACCCUAUGCCGUGCCGGUCGUCAAACCCGUUGCAGUGCCAGUGGGACAACCCACGGUGAUCGUUGAGAAAUCCAACAACGGAUGGAAUGUCGGUGGUGGUGGUGGUGGUUACUCCUCCUGGUAAACAACGAGCCAAACUCUUCGUGGAUUUUAGGGAGCUAGCUUCGCUCGUCUCAGCAUCGUUGCAUCGAUUCUCAGCUGAUCGUUCGAACGAUCGCAACCAACGAUGUUUCUCGAAACGAUUUUCUAUCGAGGAUAAGGACACUCCUGAAAGCAACCGUUGGACAAUGAUUUCAUCCUCUGGAUUUUUCUUUUUUUCAAUCACCUAUUUUUUCAUCAACGACGCGAAGAUUGGCUCCCAUGACUGGAUCUGGCCCCCUGUCGGCCCGUUCUUGACGUCCACCGACCAUCCGGUUCGAUGGAUCUCUUCGUGGGAUGGAUAGAAGGAGCAGAUCGAACGUGUUUCGCCUCUGUGACUUUAGGCAUAAUUUUGUAUCUCGUUUAACUGUCUCUUCUUUUGUACAUGUA